AACGGACGUGCUUCGCGACCCGAUCAACGAAGAAUGCUGAGCUCAGACAUGCGAGACUUGGGCAAAGCAAGAACGCAUUGCGCCUCCUCGAGGUGCUGCAAAAGACACUUACCUGGUCGAGGCUCAGACACAUAGCGGACUCUCUCCUCCUAAAGCACUUCUCUGAGAGGAUGAAGUCGCGGCGUUCUGUGACAUGUGGCUAGCGAGCCGUGAAAUUACUGUAACACCACUGCACAGUGCGUCUCUCAGCAAAGCUGCAUACAGAAGAGCGCGGCCGGCAGCUUCAAGCGUUCCGGCCGACUUGUCGUGGUCCGUGGAGUACAUGUGGGCCCCUCACGACCCUUGCUCAGCCCUGCGUUGGGGAAUGAUGCUUGGAAUGCUUGUAUGGAACCUUGACCCAAACAAACAACCGCAACAGCCUCCCGCAAACGCAUCUGUCAAUCCUUCACCCACAAAAACUGCUAAGGCCUUCAAUAAUUACUUUGCCACACAACUUUCCGCACUCAGCCAGACGAUGCCAGAGUGCCAGGGCACCUGCAGCCGAUGGGUCACUGGCGAUACCCGUUAUACGCCCGCUGAACGUUCAGCACGUUCCUGCUUGCCCAAGGGAUCGUGCUGCUCCAGUAACUCCGCCCUAUACUUCGGGUGUUUUCUGUACAGACCGCUGCGGAUGCAGCCGAUUGAUGCACAGGGGGCUUUCGCGGGGAAAGCGGCGAAUGACGGAGCUUGCGGUUUGGCAUGAUAUGGUUUGUACCUGUGCGUCUGAGGCUCUGUUGAUCAGAGGAGGCAGUUUUACAGCAUUCCCAGCCGUUUGGGUGGUCCCUGGGUUGCCUAUACUUAGAAAUAAGCAAGGUACGCUGGGGUGGUCGAUCGACUGUACAGACGGAUUUGCUCUUCAUUGAAGCUUAGGUGAGAAGAUGAGUAUUCCUCUCUCUUACUGAAGCUUAUGAUCAUGACUGUACGGUAGCCCACAUUAGUAUUAUC